AUGGGAAAUCUUCCUUUUAAAUCACAGAAAGUUUCAAAAUUUUCAAAACAUACUUUCAAACCAUUCCAACCGGAUGAAGAAGUCCAAAUAGACAGAACACAAAUAGCUCAUCAUUUAUACCGGGUGAUUUGGGACGGAAAUUUUAGUUCACCAGUAAAAGAGAGACUAUUAAAAGGAGGCGCUAAAGUGUUAGAUAUAGGAUGUGGACCAGGUACAUGGAUAUGUGACAUGGCAACAGAUUUUCCAAAGUCGUCAUUUAUAGGUGUAGAUUAUGUACCAACAUUUCCUACCCAAAAACCAACCAAUGUUCAAUUUAUUGUCAGUAAUAUACUAGAAGGAUUAGAUUUUGAGGAUGAAGAAUUCGAUUUUAUUAAUAUGCGACAAAUGGUAUUGUGGUUCUCGGAGGAACAAUACAAGGAACAAGUGAUUCCUGAAUUGAUACGAUUACUUAAGGUUGAGGGAUGGUUAGAAAUAUCAGAGUCGGAGCUUCAAGCACAUUUGAUAGUUGUCGGUCAAAUGGCAAAAUAUAAACGAAACCCAUAUGUUCUCUACGAACUCGAGGCUUGUCUAGACCAAUUCAGCAACAUAUCGCGGGACAAACGAGCAAUUCCAAUCGGUUCAAACGACAAAAUAAUCGGGCAAUAUUGUGUAAUGUUAUGUAUUCCGUUAAUGUUAGAAAUUUUGUCAGAACAUGUGUUAAAAUUGUCACCGAACAAAUACGAGCAAAUGAUUAGAGAAAUAAUUGAUGAG